GGGACGGCUGGACUCCAUUAAGCCGAAAGCCUGCAGGAAAACUGUUUGGGAUACUUCACUUCUUCAGCGACUUCUUGGGGGGAUUUCUCUCUUUUUUAUCGUCUUAUAAAACUCUUCCUACAUGAUUUAAAGAAGGGAACUUUGUCCUGUACCGUGUAGUCAACUGUGUUAGUGUUUUUCGUCUUUGUGAAGGUGAGUAUACUCAUUUUAAUGUUCGUCCUCAAAGCUUGGCACGUUCGCCGCUAUGAAAUAUGAAAACGCUUUUUUCUCCUUGUGGCGCCGCUCCUUUUACUUCAACCAAAGCUUUAUUCAACAACUAUUUCCUUGAAUUUAAGUGUUUGUUCGCCUUUAAUAACUCUUUUCACUGAACUUCGAGCUUUUACGACCGAGCAAACCAGUAAGACACGCAGCCGGGAAGCUGUUGAGCAGACCCUGCUUACAUAAUGACCCCUCUGCCUAUUUGUAAGAGUGCCUUUACCGUUAUUUUUAACAGGUGAAGCGGCACCUUUAGGAGGAUAAACCCCGGAAAAAAAGGUCUUUCUUGGGCUUGUACCCGCCUUUGUUCUGCCCUUUUUAUUGACCAGACGGCCGUAUUGGUCGCCGGGCUCCUCUGUUGUAGCUACUGGAUAACCUCAGCUCAAAGAAUUGACAGAUUGACUGUAAUUUAACUUUUUGGGAGGGAGUUCACUUUUUCCCCAACAAGACUCACAAGGAGACUCACAGAGACUUGAGUAUUGGAUGUUUAUUUAUUGAACAUGUCACUCCCAGAGGGUCAAUUGUCCAUUAUUAAGCUGAAUCAGAUAUCUCUGAAGCACUCUCAUAACAGUAAGCUGAUGUUGGAAAUGGUAACUCUCACUCUACUACCCUUUGUCAGCAAUAGAAGAAAAUUAAUUGAACACAAUUUCAAGUAAAUUUAAAGUGUUAAUGAUGAAUUAGAAGUAUCUAAAGUAGGCCACACCUCCAGUGUUACACAUACUUCCUUUAGAAAACCUUAACUCCUGGUUCAGACUGAGGAUAAAGUAACCCAGGAUCUGACUGUGUACAUGUCUCAAUGAUAUCUCACCCUUUUUAAUACCAUUGUAUUGCAUAAUAGUAUUGGGAAAUUUCUGAUAAUUUUCUGUUUUCAAUUCAUGUGUGAAUUGUGUAAAUUUACAGUAAGUACAGGUGACACCCUGCUAAAUUCUCUUAAUCUUCAUCUGUGUAAUCCAUGUUCAACGCUGUAAAAGCCCACAGCCACAUGCGAUAUGAAUGAACUUUGCUAACAGUGUUCAUGUGAGUCAACUCAAGGAUGUGUUUGCAUGCAUGAGCUUUACGCCGUAUUUAUUCCUAUCCAGAAGGUCAGGAGGUUUCUUUUCACUCCAGUGUGACAGAAGUUUAACAUGACCGUUUUUUUUCGCCUUCUGACCACUCGGGCUCUGUUUUUGGCAGGAUGGCGUUGGACGGGAUCCGGAUGCCCGAUGGCUGUUACGCCGACGGGACGUGGGAACUGAAGAUGCAUGUCACUGACCUCCACAGGGACGUGUCGCUGAGGGUCACUGGAGAGAUCCACAUUGGAGGAGUCAUGCUCAAACUGGUGGAGAAACUAGGUAUGUAUGCGUGCAUGCUGCUGUUGUCUGCAGAGGAGUUUGGAUCAGCUUAUCUGAUGUGUAAUACACAGACAUUAGCAGCUCUUUAAUGAUGAUUUGACUCAUGAUUGACAGAGAAACAGCAGGGAUUGUGCAGGUUGGAUUUGCAUCAUGAAAUCUCUCUCAAACCUAACUUCUGGACCAUCCUGCUGAAGCUGCGUGUGUGUCAAGGCUGACUUCUUCUUAUCUGUCUGUAAAAGUCAGGCAAUAAAUACCUCCUUUUUUUUUCUUCAAAGUUGUUACCGCUCUGAGAAGUGAGAUUUCACUAUGUUUACACAUGACUUUGAUAUGUAAACUUUCUUUAGACUGGCCAAAGAACCAGAACCCACAUUUGUCAAGUCUAGGUACUCAAAAAGCUGCUUUCUGUGAGGAAUAUUUUGAGGAAUUGAGAAAGGAAAUGUAUCUGUCUUUGACUUUAGUUGCAUGAAACACGCUCAAAGUCCUCUUUCAGUUUUGCAGACAUGCAGGGGUUAAUAUCCUUCUUUGUUACCCUGCGGUGUAUAUGGGUCAGUAACCCAAGGUAUAGAGAAACCAUACACAGUGGCCCCCUCCCCCCUCUGUAUUAUCCACUGUUCUAUUCCUACAGUUGCGUACUUGACAAGUUUGGGUGCGAGGAAGAAUAAGAGUCCUCUGUUCCAGCCGCUCGAACACUGCCCUGCUUCAUGGAGGCUGCUGGAGAAAGUUCAGUGGUCGUGGCACUGUGAUUUGGGAGUGACAGUGUGUUGUGUGUCGAUGGUGCUUGAAUGUUCGGCAUUCCUGCAGCGCUCCAAGGUUUUAUUCCCUACCCAUGGUCCUGUUUUUAGCUCUCCUGUUGGAGCUCCACAUAAUUGAGGUCUUUGUUCUCCGUGGUCGCCUGUGCUGCUGUGCAGCAUCCAUGCUUAGGGAGUGCAGAGCUGCUGCCGCGUGUUUGACGACAUGGAGUCCUUGGUACUCCCACCCAGAUUACUCCUCUCAAGACCGGGCCUUAUUCAUUGUUUGGGUUGGGUUUGUGCUUUUUGUGCAGAUCUGUUUGAAGGGCAUGGCUUUUCUUCUCAUUUUUGGUCAGCAGUUCAGAAUAUAUGAGGUUUUGCGAUGUUAUAAUUGUAUGACAGAUUAUAUAUUGUUGAAAAUGUGUGGUCAAUAUAUGUAUUUUUGAAUCAAGAUGAAGUAGAACAUACAAUCAUAGUAGGAUGUGAUGGUUUUUAUGGUUCUUAAGGAUGAAGCUGAUCUGCUCACUCCUUUUUUAUCUGCCGAAGAUUCCAGUGGCUUGAGGUUCGUUUUUGUUGUACCAAAGUAAAAAAAACAAAAAAAAGAGGGUGUGCACAUUUGUUUGUGUUACAUUUUUAUCAUGACAGCUUUUUGAAUCUAGCUGUGGUUACUGUUCUUACAGCUCUACUACCAGCACUGUUAUUGCAGUUGAAUGCUUCUAAAGACAAUCGAGGAGCAAAACCUAAGCAGCUUUAUUUAACUUCUCUUUGAGUGUUAGGAUCUAACAUCUCGACUAGUUUCACAAACUGAGCGUGGGGACUUCUUAGUCGACUGCCAUCUCCCUCCAACCCUGAGUCAACAGGUUGUUUUGUAUUGUAAUUAUUAACUUGCACACAACUCGAGUUUUCCACAUGGCCACACACCGCAGGAGAGUAUCCAACAUGAGAUCCAGUUUUUGUGUUUGGAUAUUGUCUUUGUUGUCCAGGCAGUAUAUUUGUUAAUUGGGCAAAGCAGUGAAAUUAGCAAGAAAGUAAGAUCUUGCAGGAUUUGAGUUACAGUGGGGUAACAAACACAGCUAGGUAAGAGUACGUACAGUAAAUAAACCACGUGGGAAUAACCUUCUGGCUCUUUUUUUUAAAAGCUAACCUGCGUUUCCUCAUCUCUCAGUGUCUCAAGCGCUGAAUAUUCUCACUGAACACCUCUGAGGUGCUGUCACAUAUUCACGGCUGGAUUUGCUGAUAGCUUGGAUGUCUUAGUUACACACACACACACACACACACACACACACACACACACACGGUCCUGUGAGGAGCGACACGUAGACACACCAGGGUUUUUUCGACAAAUCUCUAUCUCUGUCUUACUCCCUCCUCUCUCCGUCUUUCAGUCUCUUGUGCUCCAAAUUAAACGACCGUUUUUCGAUUAAGUAAUUGCUUUCAAUGAGGCCUGCAGCGCUCAACAUUUGAAGCACGAUUAAUUCAUGCUGUACUUUGAGUGUCGAAUUUGCAGAGGUCAGCUAACUUCUCCUCAAUGGCCGGCGUUCUCAUUAGUAGUAUUUAUGCAUGUGCUCCUACACGUGAUUGUGGGUAGUCCGGUGGUAACGGUGGGUGUGCCUCGUCCACAUGCAUCCUGCCUCCAUCUUUCAAACUCUUCCUGUGAGCUCGCUGCAGCUCUCCCCCGUCUACGUUUGCAGGCUCGGGCGGCCUUCGAUAAUGGAUUAAAUAGACAAAUGCCAGGAAGGCACUCAGCUAUUGAUCACAGUAGCAAACUCUGCUUCCAUUUCCCCUUCAACCUUCCAGCAGAGCAGUAUUUAAAGCCAGCUGAUUGACCACCCUCUGGUCUCUGGCUCCUGUAAUCCUUUCAUCUUACUGAUGCUAACCAUCAUUUAGGCUCUCUCUGAUAUUGUUGAUGUUUUUCCAAAGAGUGCAGCCCUCCCCCCUCUAAGAGCUGAUAUUGUACCAUUCAGGAGAUGUUGCACAAACAACAUUAGCUGACGGAAGUUUAUGGAUUGAAAGAGAUUGCGCCCAAGUUAAGAAGCUUUUAGGUCGAGUGUAGAGUGUAGAUCUUGAGGCCAUGAGUGAAUUUUUUCAUGCGAUUAUUUCGGACGUCAGUAUUUUGUUUUCAAACCCGUAUCCUGUCUAUACAAGCGUGCACAUCAGCAACGUUUACUGUCCUGCGAUAUUGCUACAUUUAUUUUUUGGGAUCAUGGUCAAUUUUUCUAAAGUUUCGCAUACUGUGUGUCCACUUUUGACCAAUCAGAUUGCGUGUUGUUGCGAUGUCAGAUUCACCGGUAUAUUCAACAUAUCCAACAUAUCCAACAGGCUGAUUGUUUACGUGUCGGAGAACAGAGUGCAUUUUGAUAAAAGACACAAACAUUACAAAGAUAUCGACCUGAAGGACAACUUGUGGAGAGUCAUAGCGUCGGAUCUCUCAUAUGACGAUGUUUUGUGUGCUUUAACAGUUUGCUAAACAUCUUCAUCUGUGCUAACUAAAGCUAACGGUUGUUACCAUAGUUUCAUGUGCUUAUCUGGUACUUGCCCCGACUCAGUAUUUGCUAUCAUGACAGAAAACCAUCUCAACACUAGUGUCUAAUCAGAACUGAAAACAAUCAGCGUUCUCUUCUUUUUUGUAAUAUUGGAUGCACCCAUGUGCUGCGUUUCUUUUCCUUUUGAGAAAGCAAAAUGAGUACCAAUUCCAAAAGUACCAAGUAGACUCCAUUUUUGUCUUCUCACUUCCAGACGGGACGCUGGUUGUUGAGGGAAAGUGCUGACCAUUUGGCUUGAGCGUGUAACGACGAUUCCAGCUUUUCUAGCCAAUCAGAGGCGAAGGAGGCGGGACUUUCCCCUGGAAAAGUCUUCCCCGGGACGCGUCUUUUUCCCCCCCGUAAAGUCGCAAAAUCGCAUCGGGCUUGAUGUGUAUAGUCAGGCGCGUCAAGAUUCGCCCUUGAAUAUUUCGUGAUUUUGCAUUCUAUAUAUGCGUGUCAGCCCUGGUGUUUAAGGACCUUCUGGCAUAUACACUCAAAUCAUCCCAUCAAAUACUUCAUUCAGAUCAUGUUUUAUCAAAUUAGUUCUCAGAAAAAAAGGUUCUGGUACAUUUUACUGAAGCAAAAAUGUGAUUUUCUGUUCAUGUUUACAAUCCCUUACUGUAGUGAACAGCUGACUCUGCAUCUUUAUAGUGGAUUACUAGUUUUACUGGUGUCAAAAUGACUCAGUUUAAGGUGAAAAUGUCAUCUUUUUGUUACAGGAGUUUAGUGGAGUAUCUACUAACAUACUAGUUAGACUCCUCCCCAAACAGACAGAUGAGGGGAGAGGGGCUGAACAGAGUGGAAAAGGGAGGUGUGUGGAGUGAGUUAGUCUUCCCCCCUCAUCAUGACGUUAGCCACGCUGCUAGAAUUCCAUAAAAGUCUUCGAUGGAGCAGGAAAUGACUCCCAGCGUUUGGCAUGUUGUUCUCUGGUCACUGCCGUCAUUGCUGGAUUCUCGGCUGCCUGCUUCAUCCACCUCCCUCUUUUCCGUUCUCCCUCCUUUUGCUCUUUAAACACAAGUUUGUGGUUUAAUAUUUCGUCUCUAUUUUAGGUCUCAGCAGUCAUAUCUCCUGGUUUGACUCCCCCAGACACGCAGCAAGGCUUAAUAAUCAACAGAAAAUCGUGAAAGUACACAUUGUCCACCUUCUCCUCGGUUCUGACCCACGAUCUUGUACUCUGAAAUGUUCCAUAAAUAGAACUUGAACAAACUAAUUGGCCUUGUGUGAUUUUGAUUGUUCAUGGUUUCCAAUGAGGGGGCCUGCAGUUUUUUGGCCGGCCCAGUAAACCGCAGAGAAGUUUCCCCUGCAAGUCAGAGAAAAUGUGUGUUUUGUAUUUGAGAUGACCUACAUAUUGAAAUUGCAAGCUUUUCGACAGAUGUCAUCAUCUCCCAUUGGUUUCAGUUUUGUUCAAGCGAAGAAUGUAGGAAAUGUUUCCCCACUUCUGCUCCUCCUUUUAGAGAAACCGAACAGCAAUCAUUAGUCAUUUCUCUAGUAUUCAGACGCAGGAGUGACUUUAAUGAUUUCUUUUGUAUUUUUGACGUCAUGUUACAGUUUCAAAGUCCUUCUUGUGGUGCCAAAAAUCUGUCCGCUGACCACAAGGCAGAUGACUUCAGUUUGACAAUGGAGUGCAGGUUUCAUUAGGAAACAGACGUGAUUUAACACAGGAUGCUGAACUUCCUCCAGGCUCUUUUUGUGCGCCCUCUCCCUAGUGCCUUCCUUGCGUUCCCGCCUUCCUGCCCUCUCUGUGUCCCUUCACCGAGGAAGAGCGUGGGUUCUAAGUCCCUCCCUGCAGAUAGUGAGAUGAAGAGCAGAGAUUAUUCGGUCAUAAUUGUCCUGAUAAUGAGAGCUGUGAACUUUCACAUCUCCACCAUCAGUAGCCUACCCAAGGACAAGAAGAAGUUUUAUUUGAUAUAGAUGGCUCGCUCUUGUUUUUGCUCACAUAUAUCAUCAUGAGUCUUAACUGAGGAGCCAUCCUAAAUUUAUCUCGCAUUAAAAAGUGAGAAACAGCCCCUGUGAUCGUCCUGCUUGCUAAUCUCUCUGACAGGAAGUAGUUAGCGUAAGUAGCGGUCCUGCCCAGGCCAGAGCUUUCCUGUUUCACUUGCGAGAUGCUGCAGUGAUUGUGCCUGCAUAGAUGCCUGCAUGCACAAGUUGGGAUUUAAGAGUUGAUUUUGACCGCUAACACAUGUAGACCUUUUUCUAGGCCUGGGCGUUCUGGCAAAAAAAAUGAUCACAAUAUAUUUUGUUUUAUCGUCCGAUCUCGAUUAUUAUCAUGAUUUUUUUAACUGCCUGUUUUAAAGCAUCUGUACUAAAAACUAAAGAAACUAGAGAUUAGUUCAACAUUUUAUUAACAUACAAAGUAAAUAACAAAGCAAAUUGAAUAAGAUUAACUUAGAAAAAUAUAUGAAAAAAACAUUUUAACUCAACAGUACAACAAAUGUAGAUAAAUACUAGAUAAUACAGUGAAUUAGUUUGCAGUCGUGAGUGUUUUUUCAGGUAUGCAAGACCCAAAAUAAACGAAUCGCCCCCUCAGAGAUAAUAGAGACACCUUAAAAUGUAAACAUUAGAUGAUGUAAACGUAAAUGAUAUGAUUAAUCGCUGCCUAGGUCUGGUGGCUGCAUUGCUAGUUGUGGCUAAACUUCUAAUGCUACUCGUGCCGUCAGCAGUAGCAGGUUGUACAGACUCCACUUGCAUUUUCAUGCUUUCCGCAUAAUCAUUGGGGAGGUACCUCUUCGAAUGAUUAAACAGAUUUGAUGUGUUGCCGGUUUUUGAGAGCACCAAUCGCCGACAUACCUUACACAUCAACUUAAUUACUCUACGUCACUUUGUAAAUACUCGAACCACCGCCACACAACCGACGUUGAAUAACUUCUCAACACUAACAUCUUCGGAGGAUGACUCAAAGUCACGGUUGACAACUAUCUUGCUGCCCUCAGCUCCACGUUUAGCUCCACGUUCGGUCAUUCUGUUUACUUCUCCAGUAACUUACAGAAGUGGGCAGGAAAAGCUCGACUCUGAUUGGCUGUUGUGACGUACAUUUCCACCAUGUUUGAUCACACAAAUAUGCUCUCAGCUGAUCACCGUGAUCGAACUGAAAUUUAUCACGAUCAUCGAUCACGAUCAUAUAACCGCCCAGUCCUACCUUUUUCUAUUCUGUUUGGCCGUCCAUAGAAAAGGUUUAAUGACGAGUUUGUCUCAGUAUCACAUGAGCGAAACUAGAAAUCUGUGCCACUAAACUGAACAAAACCUGAUUGAUGCAGGUAGUUUGGAUGAAGAGUCGUGUCAGAGGAGCAACAGUCAGCCGGUUGGUUGUUUACUGCUAAACUGGAUGUGAGACAAGUAUGUGUAUUUGAUUUAAAGCACAACAUAAUCCAAUCGCCUUAAUUGAAAUGCCCCUUUUUUCCGUCUUGACCAUUACCAUGGAGGGGCGGCCGUGCUUGUUAAGGAUGAUUUAAUUACUCCUGUUUGGCAUCUUAAACAUGCAGCACAGCCGACUUUCAUGUCUCCUCUGGGAAAUGUGAAGCUUGUUGCUUUUUGUCCCUCUCGCCUUCCUGUAGUUGCAUGGCAGCGCAGUAGUAGCAGGAAAUGUUGGAGCAGCAGCACAUUGUUGUCGUAACACCACACACCUGCGGGUCAAUGGAGUAAGCUGAUAUGGAGUUUUUUUGUGUAAAGGUUCUCAGCCCACAUUUCAUUCAUUUAAAGUCGUCCCCACCUCUCCGUCUGCCCCCUGUGUGCAACCUUUUAGAGAGCACAGAGGGAAAUAGAGAGGUGUUGGAUUCCACCACCAAGGAGUGAGGCAAAAUGAGGGCAAUAACUCCAUCGCCCAGGUAUAUUUUCAGUGUAAAUUAGUCCCUAUAAAUUGGAUUUAUAUCCAGAAGUAUAUCGUGUGUAUGAAACCAACAUACAAGUCAUUUAGAAGUUUAACUUUUCCAUCCAAGUCCGCCUCCUGGUCCUAGAGAAACGCAGCCCAAAGCCUGGGGGGCGAUUGAGGCAUCAGCGCGUCGGCUUAUCGCACUCCUGAGUGGAGAUCUGGCAGGAAGCACGCAUGGAUAGAAGCGCAGAUGGAUGUUGUCUAUCUAUCUGCACCAUUGAUCUUAGUCCAGGAGUUUCUUUGUAAUAUCAUUAUUCCACCGGGUCCUGAGCUCUUAAUUGUAUCAAGCUGUGUCGGGGUGGAGCGGGAGUACCCCUGAUGUUUUGCUUUGUUUUGAAAAUGACACAAAUGGAAACAAACUAUCCGUCUCUAAGGAGGCUUCCUCUAAAAGCCCUCUUGUCCUCUCCUAAUGCAUCCAAGAACGCACUGUGUCUCGAUCUUCUUACUACAACAGGCUGCCAGGAUGCUUCUUAAUUUCCUGUUAAGAUUUCAAACUCACUCCACGCUGAGGUAAUGUCCUUUUUGUCUGUCUUGAGCCCGGCUCUGACGCCCACAUUUCACCUACGGACUCAUGUUUUGGUAAAACCUCUCUCUAAGCUGUGAUAGUGUUUGAUCUUAGAGGGAAUGUAUGAAUCUUUGAAGCCUAUAGAAAGAUAAGCAGAGUCGUUGAAAGCUAAAAACGAGCUGGACUUGGACUCGGUCAGUGUGAAUGUAAAGAAAGAGUUGUGUCAGUAUAACACUGACUUGGAUCAAUACCUGUCAAGAGUCUCCUGACUCCUGUUGGGCCUGCCUUGACCUUAAUAGCUCUCCUUCUUAAGUGGGCUGUGUAUCACUGACACGGGUACGACCUUGAUGAACCUUUGUUCCUUUUCUUAAAAGCUUUUAAGGCAACACUAAGAAUCCCUUUGUCUGAAUGAUUUGUCGGGUGACUUUGAGAGCCUGAAAAUGUUUAGAUGAAAGCAGUGUUUUGCAUAAUUAAUGAGCUGCUGUGAUUGGUCAUUGGCAGAGAGCCUAGCCGGUGUUUAAUAACUAUCUAAAAUAAGCUCAACUAAUUACCGUAUUUUUUGCACUAUAAGGAGCACUUAAAAUCCUUUUGGCUUGUCGGAGCACUGCAGCUACCGUAGCCUCACGGAGUUAUUGAAUGCGUUAAAUUAAGUUAUCUGACUGUUUUGUUUGGCUUAAUGUGCUUUAUAAUCCGGUGCGCCUUUUAAAGUGCGAAAAAUACGGUACAUCAGUUGUGUUUGCCAAAGAUGAGCUUCAACCUGUCAGCUGUGGUAGGAAGUAUUAUGUUGAGAAACAGCAAAAAGGCUAUUUGUAGUGCUUGUGAGGUAGGGCUGGGACGGUAUGCUUUUCUUCCGAUUCGAUUCUUCUACGAUUUUUUUGGAUGCCGAUUUGAUUUAAAUUGCGAUUUUACGAUAUUGUCGGUUUUCGCGAUUUUUAGUCUGCAUUUUCAACACCAGUGAAACAGUUGAAUGAUUAUGAUUGUAGACUGACUACUCCAGGAACCAUAUUUCCCCAAGAAAUACACAUCACAUGUAAGUCAGUUUUUAAGAUUUAGUCUUAAACUUAAAGAUAUACAUAAAAAUCAGUUUAAGAAUUCUAAAACAAAAAAUCGCGAUACCUAUGUGAAUCGAUUUUUUUUCUCCCACCCCUUUUGUGAAGCAUAGGUGAUGUGGCACAGACGAUAAGUGUGACCUAUUCAUUGAAGGUAAUCUGUUGAUCAAUUUUACAGGCCAAGGAACCAGUCUAUCUGCUCCUCUCUUACCUCUUAUGUCACUGACUGUCUUAUGCUUUGUCCUCAGAGUAGCCCAGGGUUUUGUGCAUCAUUCGUAUCACGUCAAUCUUCCGUCUUGACCACGUGUGACUCACUAUCUCCUGUCUAUCAUGCACAUACUGUCAUCACCUGUCCCUAUCAGCCUCAUUGUACACAUGUUAGAUAUCUGAUCUCGACACUAUCUCCCCCGACUACACACGCAAGGGAAGUCCUAAAGGCCUUUUUACAGUAGAUCUAAUUUAAGCUUGACGCUUCCUCUAUCUUUGCUUGUCAAUAUUGACCUUCAGCCUGUUGCAGGUGAGGAGUAUACUUCGGAAAGAGAAAGGGGACAUAAUGUGUAUGCGCGCAUGAGACUAACACCGACAAACCUGCAGCUUUCCUUGUUAUGAAUCAAAACAAGUUGUUGCCUCGCACCACUGCCCCUGCGGCGUCAGCUGCUAGUCACCAAGGAAACGACAUGACCAGCCUCACCCAGCUAUGUUUUUAUCAGCGGAUGCCUCAAAAUGACAAAGCCCUGUGCUGAACGGCCUUGGCUUAGACUGGUAGAAAACAGUGUGGCUCUGAGAGCUUAUGAAGAACACUGUCAGAGGAAAAACCUCUCUUUACAAACACAGACACGAAGCCUUGACUUGUGAACGAGUUCGGUUAUAAAACACCUCCAUCAGAGAUGCUGCAGAUGAGCCAGAUUUUUGCAGCAGGCGUCAGCUGACUGUUGCUUUGCUGGUUAAAGACAAUUAAGUGUGAGUCAUCGAGGGCACAUCCAACUGCAAAGUCUUUAUUUGUCAGGCCUAAAUGUCCAGUCAAAGGACAGAACUCUGAUCUGCAGCCUUUAAGGGCUAAAAUGUUUCUCUUAUUUAACCUGUCAUCUUUAGACACUUGCUGUCUUAUUCUCUCACUCAUAAGUGAUCAUGUAAUUUGACUUAAUUAAACAUAACCAUUUCCUGCACAGUGAGGUUGUAUCAUAAGAAAAAAGAGGGGUAUUUUUAUUCAUAAAACAAAAAUCGUGGAUGCGUUGUAAUUUAGUCCAGUAGGAUUGCAUUUAGACUUUCUUCUUCCUUCCCCCCGUCAGAGCUCCUCCCUUGUCCCCUGCUCAUCCCUCCUUGUCCCUCCUUUACUUUCUCAUCCUCCCCUCUGUCCUGUCCCCUUCCCCCCCUCGCAGACAGGCCUCCAUAAACAUCGCAGCCUCCUAAUGUAAACACCAAAGACAUUCUGACUUGAAGGGGAGGGAUGGAGAGAGCAAAGACUGAUGGGAGGACAGAGAAGGAGGGACAAAUCAGUUUCCAUGAUCGUCCCAGUGAAAGCCCCGCAGACCUUGUGUACUUUUGUGUUAUAUUCUGUCGAGCAGAAGUUCACAAAAGCAGCAUUUCAUACUUUAGUAUCUGGGGAAGUGGUCUCGGCGGUGUCAUAGUGAUGGCGGUGAAUGAGGAUAAUUCUAUUUGACAGAGUUUAUACAUUAAUUUGUCUCGUUAAAGCGCGCACACGUACAACACACACCAGGCUAAUGUAGUUAAUGGAUGGGUAAGAACACCCUGCCUUCUGCACAUCCCCAAACCAGCACACACAUACACACACACCCCAUCUCUGUAUCAUCUUUCAUGUCCUGCAAAGGUCAUAAAACAUGCUUUUCCCAUUCUGUCUCUCCUCCCCUUGUCUUUCAAGCCCCCUCUUGUUUGCACACACACACACACACUCACACACCCCCACACAUAUCACUCCACUGCGGGGCUGUGGGUCCACAUUUAAUGCACCCAAUUACUUAGGCCCUCGCUCCUCUGGCUGCUGCAUUACGUCAGGCUUGGCAGGCUGUAUUUUUAGCUUGGAGAUGCCAUUGGCCCUUUCUCCCUCCCUCUCCGUGGAUUGAGUUACCACCCUGUUGCUGAAAGAACCCAAUGGACGCCCACCCGAGCCGCCCUCGUCCAAUCGCAACUCAUCGAACCACCGCGUAACGACAAAAGCAAGGGAAGGGAAGGAGAGAGCAUGUCCAUUAAGGUUUUGAUGGUGGGCGGCGACUAAAAAAUAGUGGUGCAGGGGGCCGUCGGAGCAUAUUGAGCAACCAGGACGUUCGUUCAGACUGCAUGGUGGUCAUGCAUGCCGAGUAUGAGGACGUUUCUACAGAUUGUGGUCUGAGGUGAAGACCUGGGAGCCAAACCUAAAUGCUAGCUCUUCUAAAUUUCUCCCAGACACAAGAAAUUACAAGGUUUUAAGAGGAAAAUCUGUGUGCAGAGUUAUGAAAAUACACACAGGUUUAUUUUCAAUUUUCCUCUCCCUGCUCCCUCUCAUUAUUUCUGCCGUUAAUCGCAGCCGUGCUCCUCAGGGAGCAGUUUCUCAGAAAGUAGCCAUGAAGUUGCGAUGGGCACAGCUGAGGCAUCAGAGUGAAGCGUUGACAGCCGGACCCCAUGCUGCUAGAGAAGCCCACAGAGGGUCCCAGAAAGAAAUCCUGGAAUGUUUUCACUUGGGUACCAAGUGUUUCCCCCCGGAGUAAACAGUAUAAAACCAAACAGCUUGACAAACAACCCCCUCCCCCAAAUCAAUUCAGGCCGUCCCAAGCUUUCCCAUUGAGACGCUGGUGGCCUUGUCUUCUGAAACUUUCCCCCCAGAUCCAAAUCUCCAGCGUAAUCUCUUCCUCAUUCCUCCAGUUUGCUUUCCUCACAUCACAGCAGUCUUGUUUCCUGGUCCUGAGCCGUUGUUUCACCCACUCGUCCGCUAAUCCCGCUCAUCCAGCUCUUAGAUUGAGAUCAGCAGGAGAGGGUCGACAAUGCAAACGGGUGCCCCUGUGUAAAGUUAAGGUCAGGGGAAACAAUAGCGGCACAUGGAAGCAGAAGGCCACUCAAGGUUUAGGUUACCAUGGCACCAAGCUGUUUGACAGAUGGAGAGGGUCAACGCAGGAAAACACGCGAGAUAGUUGAGCAAUAGUGACGUGCGUGUUGUGGAAAAUUUCAGACCGCAAUGAUUUAAAGUUUUGCAUACUCGACUGUUGUUCAGAUGCUCUAAAAGCCACUUAAUUAUGGAGUCAGUUUUUCCAUUAGGAGCUGUGGUUUACUUUAAUAGAUUGUUCUAAAACCCUGUUGUAAUCAUUUGUACCAACCUUGAAAAAAAACAGAUGAUGCAUUUUUUUAAUCAGGGUCAUAUGCAGCUUGUCCUGAUUCAUCUUGCAAAGACUAUUACUGAUUGAUUUGUAGGUGGAUUGUAGGGGUUUUUAAAAGGGGUGGGAGAAAAAGUUGUUACAGCAUAAAAUCCUGAUAUUUUGUCUGGUGAUAUAUUGUAUCGUCUUAUUUACCAAGUAUCGAUUUUUCAAAUUAAUUGCUUAUAUGAAGUCAAAUCUAGGAUAAUGGAAAAAUAAAAUCAACUGUUUGUACAGUGAGGUUGGCAGAGGUGACAUCAUAGAGCAGAAGAAAGUUAAUGCAACGAAUAUAUCUAAGGUUUGCAAAAUGUGCUACAUAAAGGCAAAAUACUGUGUAUAUAAGUCAGUGGAAAGACCAAUGCGAAAUUGGCUAAACAGUUAAAAGAAAAUGUUUAAAUCGCAAUAUAUUGUAUCGCAAUAUUCACUGUAUUGCAAAUUGUUAAAAAUCGCAAUAACAUUGUAUCAUGGUUCAAGUAUCGUGAUAAUAUCAUAUCGCGUCCCAAGUAUUGUGAUAAUAUCGUGUCAUGUCCCAAGUAUUGUGAUAAUAUUGUAUCGUGUCCCAAGUAUCGUGAUAAUAUCAUAUCGUGUCCCAAGUAUCGUGAUAAUAUCAUAUCGUGUCCCAAGUAUUGUGAUAAUAUCAUGUCAUGUCCCAAGUAUCAUGAUAAUAUUGUAUCGUGAUAAUAUCGUACCGUGUCCCAAGUAUCGUGAUAAUAUCAUAUGGUGUCCCAAGUAUCGUGAUAACAUCGUAUUAUGGAGCCACUAGUGAUUCCCACCCCUAGUUUUUAACAGUCUCUCUGUCUGGUAAUCAAGAAAUAAGUGAUGUAAAUCUCUCAAGGAAAAGUUUAGUUGAGGUAAAAACAAGUUUAUUGGAGUUCAUUUCACUGAAGUUUACUCACUGUUGUUAAACUUUCCUUAUAAAUCAUUCCAACAAAAUGUACUACCUGUUCUCUGCGUUCUAGUGUGUUCAAUAAUGAGGUCAUGACUCGGCUUUUCUUGGCAACACUUUCUUCCACAUCUGGACAUUCGCCUCAGUUUAGACCCUUUUAGCAGACACAACAGUAAAUAUGUCGAACCAGCUCGGGUGCUUUUGAUUCCAGGAUGACUUAGCAGACUUUCUGCGGUGUCUGGACGCAGUGACUCUUAAGAGGAGAGAGGGGGAGAGAGAGAGAGAGAGAGAGAGACAGAAGAUAGGCUGGAGAAGUGAUGAUGGGGUGUGUGGGUGGAGGAAAUGAGACACCACUUCGGGAAGUGCCUUCCUGGACUAAUGCCGGGGUAAUGACAUCACUGCUUAGGGGGACAUCUGAAAGUAUAAUAGACUCAAACUAUGAACUCUAUCACAGUAUCGUAUUUACACUGUCGGGAGCAUAAGCACAAAAACAACAUUCUUAACUCCCUUAAAAGUGAGGAGACCCAGAUUCUUUUGUCAGCUGGUGUUUUUAAAGUUGACCUGCUUUAAUCUUUCAAGUAUUUUGUGAGACAUUCCUGUCAAGGUGAUAAACAGAUAAGAAAUGUCCUGAAAUUAUUUUUCAUUCUCUUUUCGAAUACUUGAGAUGAACAGCGGCUCCAGCUCCAUCCCCGUGCGGCCUGUACAGAAAUUAGACCAAGGUGAUCCACAAAGAGCUGCUUUGAGUUCCCUCAAAUCCCUGCGGUUUUUCACCUUCCCCUUGAAGUCAGACACAAACAGCAUGAGACCUCAGGUUGGUCCCCAUUGUGCUGAACCCCUCGCCAAGAGAAAGCUCGGGAGCCAGGAGGGGUUUUGGCCGGCUUGUGUGUGCUUUAGAGGGAUCACAGUGCGACUUGGGAACAAAGAGGGAGGUAUGAACCUGAUAUCCCUGCAGUGUCACACAAACAGCCACGUCUUUCACACACUCAGCUGUCUCCUCCCUCUCACUCUGACUUCACCGCCCCCAUGCAAUCCUUUUCUUUGCCCCACUCUCACCUCAAAUGUGACCUCUGCCCCUGGGGGACAGAUUUGGUGAGCUCAGGUUAGUACAGUGUGAUUGAUACAGGCUGAACCCUCUGGUUACGCUCAUAUUUUGUGAACUGUGUUUUGCUUUUGAACAUGGUCUGGUCCUCUCCAAGGUUUCUGCCGGUUAAAAGGAAGUUUUCUCACCACUGUCGCUCAUGUUGGAUGACAUAGGUCAAAUCUGUCCCAUCUUAAGGUUGGGUCUUGGUAAUUCAUCAAACAAUGAGCGUGGUCUAGACCUGCUCUUUUUUUUUGGAAAGCAUCUUUCUGUUGUGAUUUUGCGCAAAAUAUAAAUAAAAGUUGAUUGAGAGGAGAUUUAGAAACACACACCUCUCAGAUUUUUGCUAAAACUCAUCUUUUGUCUCUUUAUUCCUCUCUGUAGAUGUAAAGAAGGACUGGUCGGACCACGCUUUGUGGUGGGAGAAGAAGAAGACAUGGCUGCUGAAAACCCACUGGACGUUGGACAAGUACGGCAUCCAAGCCGACGCCAGGCUGCUUUUCACUCCCCAGCACAAGCUCCUGCGCCUCCAGCUGCCCAACAUGAAGCACAUGAAGGUCAAAGUUAACUUCUCAGACCGCGUCUUCAAGGCCGUGUCUGACAUCUGCAAAACUUUCAGUAAGUGGAGUGAUUCAUUCGCUCGAUUAGCAGCGUUGGCGAGAAAACAGGAGAUAAAGUGUGACAGAUUGGCAAAAAAUUUCAGUACAAGGAAUCAGAGUUUACAAUAUUCCUUUAAAGGCUUUUUCUGGAUUUAUUACUGAAAUGUUCUCCAUCAAAGUCAGUGAAUCAUGUACUCCCUCUCACUUUGUUUUGAUCCCUGGUAAUUUGUUGUGUUUAUCAAACAUACACUGAGCUCUGCACGUCUCCUCUUCUGUUCUAAGUUGUGUCCUUGAAACCUGGGCUCCAUUGGUUUCACAGGAAUGUUUAGUAAACAGGGAUUAUCAAUCUGGCUCGCACCAGAAUCUUCCAGUAAUCUGAAUGUAACAGUCCCCCACGGUGUGACACAGACACACUAUCAAUAUCUUCCACCAGUGGCACCACCAUGUCCACCAAGAGGUCACAGAGUGGACCCCUGUGGCCUCUGACCUGCUAACGCCCACUUUUCCUCGCCUCAGACCUUGCCCUUUGCCCCCCCCGCCUCUCAGUCACUGUCUCCUGUGGGGUUUGCAGGUUUUGCAGGGGCCUUGACAAAUAUAAGUCCCAUCCAUAAGACGGUCUCAUAGCACACCUGUUGUGUCAUUUUUAAUGGACUGUGCGUUUAGCAGGGCGGAUCAAGAGCUCCAGCAGUAGCUCUAAUGAUUUUAUCGACCUCUGGAAACAGUCCACCUCUUUUGAGUUUUGCAGCAUAGCGAAUCAGCGUAACAAAAAGCACAUUUUGUUGAGGUAAAUAUAUUAAGAUGCUGUUUUUUAAAGCUCAGGCAGGAGACGUGGAGGAGCAGGGCUGUAGUUUUCCUCUCAGCCUUGUUAGGAAUGUGUCUGCUGCCUCUCUGUAAUAAAUCUGUUUUCUCUUCAGACAAAUUCAGGACAAAUUGCUUUUGGCUGACAUUGCCUCUGCAAGGAUAUUGUGAGAUGUAGCACAGUAGCUCGAACAGACUCCUCAGUAUGAUGCGCUCUAAUUCACAACAGGAAAGAUUGGAAAGCUAUUUUCUUUUUACAGUGAUUAGGUUUGGAGGCAGUUUUAUCUUAAAUAUCAGGGGCGGGUUUUACAGUUUGAUGUGCUUGUUUUAUUCUGGAUCCCUGUGACAGACAGAGAGGCUUGUCCAGCUGGCCUGAGCUCUGGACAGCAGACAGGGUGGGACAGAGAUACUGGAAGAUUGAUAGUGGAAAUCAGUGAUUUUUUUGUUUCCUGUAAUGAACAGAUCACCAGUGGCUCCCGUUCUUUUCUUUCCUUUUUUUUUCUUAACUUGUUUGGAGGGUAUUUUUGCUCUGGCGUGUCCGGUCAAUUGGUUUCACAGAAGCUAUUUCCUGCUCCAAAACAAGUUCCCAAUUCAGCCCUCUAGUGAAGCAUUAGGGAGUUUUAACCUCACCCUCUCUGCAGUUUAUUUGUCUUAUCACGUAGAAAAAUGAGGCCAUGCUUUCAACAUCGUGUCUUUUAAUAUUUACUUGAACUUGCAGUGUAUUCCCGUCUUUAACCUUCUUCCUAGUCUGAAACUCUCACAGUAAGUGUCCCUUAUAGUGGAAAAGCAUAGAAAAUCAGCAUAACACUCAAUGUUAUGAGUAUAAAAUGAAUUAUCACAGCUGUAUUCCUCCCAUGUCCAUGACAGCUGUGUCCUGACACAGACACCGUCCACCUGGUCCGUCUGGGAAUGGCGAGGACUCAGCUAAAAGUUGAUGUACCCUCUUACAUGGAAAUCACUCAUGUUUCGACCUCUGGUUCCAUUUGGCAGCUCGUACUUCCUGCACUGUCGGGCUCGCUCUGUAUCAAAGCGGAGAGAUUUUCCAUUUUUAGUCGCAAGAUAACAUUCGUGAACCUUGUUGACCAUUUUGAGAAUUCUCAGAAUCAAAAUUCCGACAGCUGAAGGAAGAUUUGGAAACUGUCAAUGCAAAUAGGCUGUGAUAAAUAGUCUUUUUCUUAUUUUUCCUCAUUGAUUAAUAUUAGAAGGAGUACUUUUAAUGUUAAAAAAGUUUUAGCAUCUCGUCGAUAUCAUCAUCUGUUAACUUCUGAUGAAAGGCGAUCGCCCUUGGGAAUGGAUGCCGUCUUUUUCAUAACGCCAGUGUAGCCAGCAGUUACAAAAAUGACUAUAAGCCAAGACUUUCUAUUUUUUAUGCCGCAUGAAUGUCUGCAAUGUAAACUCUGUUAUUUCUUGGACCAUUACAUCCCCCAGCAUGGCGCUCAUUCAUCUGUUUGAAGUACCAGCCGGUCAGAGUUCAACAGUAGACACAUACAUACGCUCUACUUCAGCUUGAUUCAGUGGGAUGAAUUUAAAAACAGUUUACAAGUUUGAGCUCGUGGAAUUAUCAACAUCAUGAUUAAAAUAAGUAAAGAGUUAAAUAUAAGUCAGGUUUGUCCUUUUAGAGGAGGAGAAAUCGGCUUUGAAACGCAUGUUGAACAGAGGUCAGGUCAGACAUGAUGCUUUCCAGGAAGUUGGGAAAUCUCAGCGCUGAUUAGCUUUGGCAACACUUGGUUUGAAAUACGUGAUCAGAAAUGGUUUGUUUGCUACACUUGCAUGAUGAGUAUAAUCUAAUCCAUAUUCAUAUAUAUAUUCACAUACUGAUGAUCAAAACUGUUUGAGGUGUAAACAUCUAAUCCGACAACCAAUGAGCUGAUAAAUCACCGCAGCUCUUCGAUAAAGUUUGGUCUGCACCAUAGAAGAACCGACAACGUUCCCCCCUGACUUCUUUAAAGGUUAAUUUGCUCAGUCAAGAGUCACACUCAAACACAAGCGUGUCCCGUCUAGACAAUCUGGCUUUACUUCCAACACAUUAAACACACACGCUCUCAGACACGCAUACACCUCCUCCUCCUCCUCUUUCCUCUGACAGGAGGCUGUCUAAGCCAGCGGACAAAAUGUACUCCUCACAACUGACUAACACAUGACUGUAGACCUGGAAGCCUGAGGUGGUACAAAAAUUAGACUGCUUCUCUCAGCAAAGCUCCACUUCGCCGUAACAAGAGUCAGGCCGCUCCACUUAAGCACGGUGGGGGUUUUUUUUUCUUUACGCCAUGUGUGAGAAAGCUGACACACUAGAAGAAUUCUCUGGAAAACACAAGAGGCAGCAACAUUUGUGGUAACUUGUUGCGAUUGUCAGCACUGGUUUGAGAGAUUCAGUGUGAGUCGGAUGAAAUGGAUGGGCAGGAAGGGGAAAGGUUGAGUUGGAGGAUGCGUGUGGAAACCGCAGGAUGAGCAUGCAGAAGACCUCCACGUCGGCUGUUAAUGCAGUGGAGUGUUUGGUCCAGUGCUUUGUCCUCAAGAACCUUUUUAGAUUCGCGUGGAGCUGUUGCUUCAUCGUUCUGGUCUAGCGGAUUUACCGCCCACUAACCUGCGGUCUGGUCGACUAGUCCGAGUCUGCAGUCCCUGUUGUCAUAACAAAGGAGGAGUGCAGUGUGACCUAACCCCAGAGUCAUAUAUUAAAGUGCAUUAUCAUCCUCCUGAGUUGGCUUUUAGCACCUUUUUAAUUCUCCAAUUUGAUGGCUGAGGAGAACCAGUGACACUCUCUAAUCAAACCGCUGAGGUCAGCUUUUCAUCUCGAAAAAAUUAGAGCAAAAAUUUAACAAGUGCUCUAUUCCAUCUCGCUAUAAUUGCCAAAUUUUACCUCAACUCUUCUUGUCAUCACAUAAAUUCUAACAAUGUAAAUUACUCACAAUAUGUGGAGUUUCCAAACCAAGCAUGUGAGUAAUUUACUCCUGGUUUUAUUCAGUCUUUCCAGGAAGAAAACCUUGAUUUAUUGCUCUGGAGUAUUGAUCAAUCAGCCAAGCAGCCCAACACUGAGAAUUACGCGGGGGGGGAAGAGAGUGUGGAAUCACUCGUCUUUAAUUCUUUUGUCCAUUUAGGGUCUUAAACUGUUUGUAUGGUAAACUUCAGCGCUGUAAAAUUAGACUCUGACGGUGUUUGUGAUUCUUCUGCGGCUGGCCUUACUCACUGCAGUGAAUCAUGUAUUCCAAGGAGGCGAUCUUGCAAGCCUAGCUGGCUCUCGGUCAACCCCCUCUCCCUCUGGCCUCAGGCCCGGUUACUGCCACAAGUCCGCAGGGUGGAAGACUGGAGUUGUAUUGUCUGAGGUGUCAUUUCUGCCAAUGGAAAUCAACCAAACUUCUCUGUUAAUCAACCAUCACUCACGCUUUUUCCUCCUCCUCCUCCUCCUUCUUCUUCUUCUCCUCCUCCUUCUUCUGACAGCCGCCACAAAUAUGUGGUGAGCGUAGGAGCAGGCUUUCCCACCAGAGCAGGAUCCUUAAAUUCUCACUAUAAACAUACAAUUCAACACUCAAAUGACUAAGUCAGCAGAAAUCGACUGCAGCGCCGGCCUGUAUUUUCCCAUUUUAGGCAGAUUUUGUCAUUUUUAUCUUCGUAUUUUUAAGUAUUCAAAGCUCAGCAGACAUGGGGUCUCCAUCAUGUUAACCACACUUCUCCUCCCUACAUUGGAGUGUUGAAAAAUGCAGGUCUAUUCAUUUAUUAUUUACCUCUCCCACCUAAUAUCCUUGACAGUUUCCAGAUACUUGGGCGUAACCGUUUACAAGUAGUACCUAAAAUCGCCUUUUACUAGAGCUUUUGUGUUGUACUUUUCUCCAAUUUUGGCUUUUUAUUUUACCAACUAUUCCUGAACUUCCAUACAAGCUAAGGGGUAUUCAAAAGCAUCUGAUUUUGCAGUUGUUUGAAUGUAAAUGGAAAUUCUGUCUGACUAGUCUAAAGGUUAAAAACUGAGCACAAUUUAUUUAACACAGCUAAAAUAGGAGAGUUCCCAGAGUCUGCAGGCAAACGGUAUCAUGUUUUUGCAGAGUUAACACCCAUAAGCUGCAUUGUUUCAGCUGGUUAUAGCUAACAUAACAGCCUAGAUACAACUUCACCCCCAUUCUCAAGAUCAAGACACUGCCAAGCAUCUGUCAUGUGAACUUGUUUACAUCCAAGUAGUAAAAAUAAUUUAUGCGGCAUGUUUGAAAUCAGUAGCUAGAGCUUAAACAUGACAUAUUGGUGGGAUUUCAGGCCUAAAGUCAUUAAAGAACAUUUCUGUUACCAACUAGCAAAGAUGACACAUUAAAUACUUUAGCCAACGAAAUGCGCACAUUCCCAGAGAUCACCAAUUUGACAUUGACACCAUUUAAUCGUCUGAUAUUUCUGGUUUCAAAGCUAUUAUAUUGAAAAAGAUAGUCUUACAACACAUCGGACUCACACACUGACUUCAAUUGACUAAAAACUUUAGACUUUUUAUUCAGAGGCUCAACCUUUUACUGGCCUGAUGACGGAGUAGCUAUCAAGAAACAACCUGAGCUGUUUCAUUCCAUCAUUUUCUUUUGGAAUAAAUAAUUUUCAUGGUAACUGAUAGGGGUGGGAGAAAAAAAUCAAUAAUAGCAUGGUAUUGCGAUAUUUUGUCUGGUGAUAUAUGGUAUCGUCUCAUUUACCAAGUAUCGAUUUUUCAAAUUAAUCACUAAUAUGAAGUCAGAUCUAUGAUAAUGGAAAAAUAAAAUCAACAGUUUGUCCAGUGAGGUUGGCAGGGGUGACAUCAUAGAGCAGGAGAAAGUUAGUGCAACAAAUAUAUAAGGUUUGCAAGAUGUGCUACAUGGAAAUAAAAUAAAAUACAGCAUAAAUAAGACAAACAUAAGAAUUACAAAUGUUAAAUUAGCUGAACAGUUGGAAAAAUGAUAUAAAUGGCAGUAUAUUGCAUCACAGUACUCACUGUAGGGCUGGGCGAUAAUGGAAAAAGUUUAUCACAAUAUUUUUUUUUCAUAUCAGUCAAUAUCAAUAUAUAUCACCAUAUAAAAAAUGAAAUUUAACAGUGCUUAUUGGUAGCAUGUCUUUUGCAAUACAAUAAGCUGCUGCAUCUGUGAGGUCUUUGUGUCUCUUCAACAUUUUGUUGUAAGGCGUUGCGCUAGAGAAAGCGGACUGAAUGGUCAGCUGUUUCAGCUGCACAGGUGCCAUGGGCUCUUUGCUCUGCUCGGAGUUUGUUAUCUUUUGCAUUGCACGUGCUCUCUCCGACUAUCAAAAAGAAUAUUAACCAUGUUUUAAAUUGAUAUUGAGGGAAAUUUAUUUUCAAUAUUGUUAUCGUUUUAUCGCCCAGUCUUAACUCACUGUAUUGCAAAAUGUUAAAAAUCGCAAUAGUAUCGUAUCGCGGCCCAAGUAUCGUGAUAAUAUCGUAUCAUGGGGCCGCCAGUGAUUCCCACCCCUAAUAACUGACCUCACAAACAAACCUUUUGUAUAGUUGCAUCAGCUGUUACAACACAACUAGCUUUUUGUACAAAUGAGUAUAAAUGAGGGUGCAUGGAUCGGCAUACCUGCAGAUUUUAAAUCAAGCUUUAUUUUGGCAGUUAUGAGAACAAAUCAUGCAAUCACAAUAUUUUGCCAAGAAGUUAUGUAAGAACUGAUGAUGGUUAGUCAUAGCAGAUAUUUAGAUGUAUGUGAGUCACUCUUCUCUGGCAGAUGUCGGCUAUGGUGAUGAUGAGACUGUAAGAAUAGAAGACUAAAAAAUGACCCCAUAGUAAAGCACAUGCCGCAGCAAUGCCUCACCAGUACACACAGUCCUAUCCAAAGCACACACAGUUUAAAACACACCUCCUGUGUAUGUGUGUGUUGGCCUCCCUGCACAGCUCACCGGGGCUAAAGCUCGGCAGCACGCCUGCAACUCACAUGGCUGUAUAAGGGCACAGGGAUUGUGCUUCAUCGCUGCAGCAGAGCGAGAACGAAAGAGGAGGGUGAGCUCCCAUCUGGUAGUUCUUAAAACUCCUGGAAUGCUUUUGCUUUAGUUACACAAACCAAACAAGCUUUCUCACCAGGCCAAAAAACCUUCUCCCUCCCCCCCUUUUCUACCCGGGCUCUCCUCAACACCCUCAGGAACCUCUUCAAUCAGCCUGAAACACCUUCCAAAUCUUUCAUCUAUAUGUUAGGAGAGAUGAAUAUCACGUAUAAAAACUGAACGCUUUAUCAGCAAAAUGGGCGAGAUAAAUUAGGCUCUCCGUUACAUCUCAUUUCAAAGUUGACGGGGAGUUUUGAAAAGAAAGCCAAUGAUCCAGAUGUGUGCGUUUCGACUUGUGUACUCUUUUCUCAUCCUGUCUCGCUGCUGCGUCAGAUCCAUCCUGAGCUCAUCUUGAAACAUCACUGCUGCUGCUGCUGCUGCUGCUGAGUGAUGGAUCCCUGGCCUCCAAGCCUUAAGGGGAGGAGGGAGGAAGAAGAGAGAGAGAGAGAGAGAGAGAGAGAGAGGCUGAUCUGUUUUAGACAUCAGCUCUGUGUGGUGUCUUUCUGUCUGAUAGGGAACUUGCUCAAACACAGUCGGGGUCCCUUUUUCCCCAUUUUUCCAAUUUCAGAUCACAUUUCUGGUGUUUUUUUUCCCCUUAUUUUUUAAAAUCUAUGACUUAAAUAUUGUGUAUGAGAUAUGAGAGGAGAAGUCAGUGAGGAGGGUAGGAGGGAGAUGAGGUUGUGUCUGCCCCGUCUCAGUCAGGGAUUACAGUUAAAGCAAGAUUUGUUGGGGCCCUGAGAAAAGGGAUUUGCAAUUUUCCACCCCUCAUGCACACAGCUGUCCACCAUCCUUACCCAUCUCCUCAGCCUUUGUUUUUCCUUUUUUGUCCUACUUUUUUUGUUUACACUCAUAUUAAAGGUUCUGCACAUUGUCUGUGUGCUUAGCGAGAGGUUAUGCGGUUUAUUCGAAGCCUGUAGUUGAAACAACACAAAUUACUUUCUGUUUUUAGUGACCGAGCUACUUGUGUGAGGCAAGGUUAUGUUUAUAUGGCAUCACAUGAACUUUACCUCUCUUUCCAUCCAGAUAUCCGCCACCCAGAGGAGCUCUCUCUACUGCGUAAGCCCCGUGAUCCCAAGAAGAAGAAGAAAAAGCUGGAGGAGGCAGAGGAGGAUGAUCUGGAGCUGGAGGGUCCGCUGUUAACCCCUGGAUCAGGUGAGCUGAUGGAGGGGACUAUUUCAUGUGGAUCUAAAAUAAAAACCCUGGCCUUCAGCCGCAGAGAGGAAAAAAAAACACUGGCAGGGAGUUUGAAUAGCGCACUGCAGAUUUUUAACUGAGUUUGAGGAGAACUGGCGUGUCUACUCUGAGGUAAUUGUGGCGUCUCGGGUUCUAUUUUUGCAUCUUAUUGUGAAAAGUUAACAUCUGGUGUCCCCCAAGCAACAGGUUGAAUAGCAGGUUUCACCAGAGCAUCUUCCAUUCUUCUCAAAACCACUCAGAAAAGUCCACAUUACUGCACCCUGCUUCUAGUGACCAAAUAUGAGUGUGUGGAUAUGAGGCCUGCGUUAGAUCUACAGCCUCUGCUCCCAGCUCCUUGGCAGGGUGGACGACGAAUGCUUGAGAUUCCACACAUAGUUGGUCACGCUGCCAUUUUAAACCCAAACCAGGCUACACGACUGCAGUUAUACCGGCCCUCCUCCUCCUCCUCUUCCUCCCUCCUUCUUCUCUUUUCUCCUCCUCCCUCCUGCUGUCAGUGAUGGGAGAGUUACAACCAUGUGAGCAGGGAGGAGCAGAACGAAACAGGCUGCGCUGCUGUCACAAGAGUUAGCAUGAAGCAAAAGUGCUAACAGUGUGAGACAGGGUGAAUGAGGCUCUUUGUGCGCUCGGAGUCUCUCCUCUCCUGGCCUCUGCUGUGUCCCCUGGCUCCUCAGACUCAUCUCAACACACACACACACACACACACUCCCAUGUGAGAUAUAAAUAUGAACAUGAUGUACUUGUAUCUAUACAAAAUGUGGCAACUUUCCAUUUUUUGUGAGUGUGGCGAUCACACCCAGAGUUGCGUCAUUAUAUCCGAUGAGUGCAUCAGCUACACACUGUUUAAAUAGGAAUGUGCAGAAUCUGUUUACAGUCACCACUCUCUCCCUGUGUGUGUGUAACGGAGCGCAAAUACACACCCAUACACACUUGCUUCCUGUGUCCUCCCUAUUAGAUCACACGCCACAGUCAGAGCGUUUUCACCGCCUCUUAUUCUGUCCCUUUGAGAAGGGCGGACCGCUAUGCUCAGGCCCCCUGAGAGGAACCACGAGAUGUUGCGAAGAUGUAGUCGGAAAAACCGCCUUCUCCCCUGCAGCCAGCUGCUUCUGCAGAGUAAACACCAACUUGGAGAUGAGCUGCAGGAGAGUUAGCUACGACUCAGAUUUCACAGAUUGAAGGACAUAAAGAACAUCAAAAGAACAUAAACAAGAAACUUACUUAAUUCCUUUGGUCAUUCAUUGAUUUUUAAAGCAAGAAAUUGCAAAGUCACAUGGAAUAAAACUUCUAAGAUCUGAACGUCAUCAGAUUUGAUGUGUCUUUGUCAAUAUUACAGUAAAUAUCCUACUUUUGGUUAAACAAAUCAAGCAAUUUUUUUAAAAAUUCCCUUAAACUUUAAGAACUUUAGGGGAAUUUAGGAGUUUUCUGAUCGUUUAAAGACUGAACUCAUCAAAAGAUGGGGAAAAAUUGUAUCAUUAGGCCUGUGAUGAUGGUUCUUAGUCACUACAAUGUCUUUUCACAUUGUCCAAAUAUAGCAGCACGGUACAAAUAGCACAGGGACUUUGUAGUUGUCAUGAUGACUUCAGGAUCAAAUGACCCUGGAUGAUGAACACUAAGACUAUAAGUAUUUCAUGACCAAUUAUUUCUACUUAAAGACCGUCAGUCCUUCCAAAACCUCAAGCCCUCCCUUUAAAUUGACCGUUGAGGAAACUGUGUGUAUCGUGUCUGUCUGCACGCUCAUGUCAAGUGCCCAUCCUGAUCGGUAAUUUCCUUAUAAAAACCAUGCUGCUAAUCCUCGUCUGUUGUCAUGACUCAGACCGGGAACCUCAAUCUUGGCCUCGAUGCCAGUCCAUCCCAUCCCUCAGGGUCCACCACAUCUCCACGGUCCCUGUUGCGUCUAAUUAUCCUUUCUGUCAGCGUGGAGAAUGACAUCCUUCAGACAGCCGCUACUUUCUAUGUGUGCUGCUGUGUGUACAUGCGGGGCUGGGUCACGCUGACCAACGCCUCGUCUGUGUUUUCAAUCAGUCAUGCUGUGUUGUAUUGCUGUGAAUGGGUGGAUAGAGACGACUUAAACCCACGGUGAUCUGUGAAGAGGGUAAACUGAGUCAUUCAGUCUGAGGCUGGAUGUUGGCAGUGUCCCUGGAAAGGCCACCAAAGUACCAUUUCUUGACUUUUGUUUCCUCUUUGUUUCCUCCUGUCCUCGCAUACAUUUCUCUGUAUCUUAAAUCUGUCUAUCUCACAUUGUUUGUCCCCCGUUUCACUUCUUCCUUCCUCCUCUUUCCUGUCUCCCUCUCUUUUUCUCACUUGUUCUCUUUUCAUCCCAGCCUCUGAGAUAAUAUACAUCGGACCUGUCAAAGGUAAGCUUUCCUUCCUCCUCUGUUCUUUACCCUUCUGCACUGCUUCCUCACCCUCGACUCCCCCCUUCCUUCCUACCCUCCACCUCCUUCAACCGCAGCAGCUGGAGUGUUAAGGUCACAUGACGUGUAACCUUUGGGACGAGCAGCAGGUCACCUGACUGCUCGUCCAGAGGAAGUCAGGUGAUUCAGGAGGGGAGUCACAUGACCAAAGCUUUGCCUCUCAUUAGAGAUUAGCUCACGUUUUCUCAGAGCUACUCCAGGCCUGCUCACUGUGCUUGCUAAAGAAGUCUUAGACGCUGAAAGUGAAAGUUUCUGAGGUGGUCAUGAAGUGUUGUUGGAACUUUUGUGCUUUCACUUUUUAAAAAAACUCAAGGAAUCAGAGCAGUGAUAUUGUUUCGCUCUAUAACGGUACAUACACACGAGGGCCUGACCGAUUUAUCAGCAAGACGAUUAAAUCGGCCAAUUUUAGCCUGUUUGACACUAAUCAGUAAUCGGCCAAAACUCACCAUUUUUGGCCGAUAUUUUCAGGAGUAAAAUGCAGAGAAUAAGAAUCGGUUUUACUUCGAAAAUGUUCUGCCAUUUGAAAAGUUCCCCGACUUAUCCUGUAGAUGGCGCAGCGACCUCAUGACAAACUUCAUCCACUAACUACCUCAGCUCAGGGACACACAGAGGACAGUGGUCCGCCUCAACGAUAAAUAAACCAGUUUGUGAAAUACACAAUAAAUCAACAAGUUUCACUUCAACCCACUUCACCAUGUUCCCCACUGUGCUGGUCUCGGUCACACCGAGUUAACGGUGAAGCACCAUGUAAUAUGCAAACUAAAGUUAGAGUUAGCCAUCUGCUAUUAGCCUUGCUACACUGUUAGCCGUGCUAGUAACGGUAGAAUAAACUACAGUACUUAUUACGUGAUCGAGCUACUUCUCUUACUGAGGCAGCUUAUCUAGAUAUCUACCGUAUAUAUAUAUAUAUAUAUAUAUAUAUAUAUAUAUAUAUAUAUAUAUAUAUAUAUAUAUAUAUAUAUAUAUAUAUAUAUAUGUAUGUAUAUAUAUAUAUAUAUAUAUAUAUAUAUAUAUAUAUAUAUAUAUAUAUAUAUAUAUAUAUAUAUAUAUAUAUAUAAUUUAAUUUUUAUAACUUCAUAAAAAAAAAUUUAAAAAUCGGCCGAUUAAUCUGUAAUCGGAUUUUUUUCCCCCCUAAUAAUCGUAUCGGCCCCAAAAAAUCCAUAUCGGUCAGACCUUAAUACACACCACAACAAAACGCCCACUCAUGAGGAUUCAUUUUGAUAAUUCCAAUCUUCUAGUGACACUUUCAUUUAUCGACAGCCCUUUGGUGGUUUACUCCUGGUCCCAACAGUCCACGGUGGUCCAGCUCCAUCCAUCUAAGCCUUGAAGAAUCCCCAGUGUGUGGGAGCAUUAAGGAGUCAAGUCAUGUUAACAUUCUUUAAGCCUCGAUUUGAGAGUCGGUAAACAGGAUGGAGGAGGCCUAGUUGUGUUUUUAAUGGGCUGCCAGCUUCCACCUUCUACACAGUCUCCGUGGAUAUUUGGGAUUCCUCAGAAGACCCUAUGGGAGAUGGGAGUACUCUUCCUGACCUGAUGAACUCAGCAUUUGGGGAAGAACCUUGAAAGAACCGCUGAAAAACACCCUCCCCCACAAAAGGGAUGGGUGGCCAUAGCCUGCACCCUGUUCUCAUGACCUCAGCUUGCAAACACAAAUACACACGCGCACACUCGCAAACACAAACCAAGCCUACUUCCUGAUUUCGGAGGGGAUUUAGUGGUUUAGCUAGUGUUGCUUCUUGACCUGCGUCCUGCAGAGGGAGAGAGGGAAUGGGGAGGGGGUAAAGGGCCAAAAAUACUCCCACAAGGCUUGCCAACAGGAAGUCAAACAGAUUCAGUUUUGUUUCUAGCUUAUUUUUGUAUGCAAAAAUUAGAUUGAUUAAAAAUAUAUUGUUUUUUUCCAAACCAGUUAUGCUUUUUGUAAUGAAUUGAAGUAUAACCUCUCGAAAUCAUUGCCCUCCCCCUCCCCUCUGUGCUGCAACUUGUGCAGUAGUUUGCUGUGUGCGGUGCAUUCCUGCAGGUUUUUUGACUGUGAGUAAGCUGGUGACCCCCUGAUCAUGUUCUGCAACAUCUGCAUGCUGAUCCACAUCAAUCCCACCCAGAGCAGGAGUACAUUGUUGAAGCCACUCAUCUGCAAAGCGCGAGCUGGUAGUCACAUGGUGUUGUUGACCGCUAGCUGGCCCGGCUAGGCUGCAAAUGUGUGUGUGUGUGUGUGUGCUUUUUUUAAAGAAGUGAACACUGUUUUUGUUGAUGUCAAGUCAUCGUGAAUGUGCAUUUCUUUGCUUUGAAGUGUCAGAGUGAGGCAGUAACCAUGCAACAUAAAACGUUUGAAAUAUUCCUUUAAUGAGAGUGAGAAAUUUUUUCUUGAUUUUAGUUUAGUAACAGGGACUAACUCAUGAUCGUGUGUUUUCAGGGAGCAUCUACUCCAGCCCAGGAUUAUACAGCAAAACAAUGACACCCACCUAUGACUCCAGAGACGGCAGCCCGCUGUCGCCCACCUCUGCCUGGUUCGGGGACAGCCCUCUUUCCGAGGGAAACCCCGGCAUUCUCGCCGUCAGCCAGCCGAUCUCCUCACCUGACAUCCUGGUGAAACUCUACAAGCCCCAGUCUCUGCUGGACAAAGCAAAAAUCAACCAGGGGUGAGACUGACUUUAAGUAUUUGUUCAAAACUGCUCAUGAUAGGGCUGCAGGACUAUAACCGAUCAAUCCUUAUCACAGUUAUUUAGGCUUCAAAUAUAGCAUCCAGUAGCAUCAAAUAGCAUCAAAGCAUUGGUAUGAUAAGAACUUGCAGCCCUGGCUCAUAUUUAGAAAUGCCAAGUUUAUUUAUUUAAAACGUGUGUUAGAGAGAUUGUUUAAUGGGAUGUUAUUUUCUCUCUCCACAAAGGUGGUUGGACUCCUCCAGGUCUCUGAUGGAGCAGGAUGUAAAGGAGAACGAGGUGCUGCUGCUGAGGUUCAAAUACCACAGUUUCUUUGACCUCAACCCGAAGGUACAUCCCACUGAUAAUGUAGUACACUCUCACUGUAAAGUCGCAAUGAUUUAAUCUGCAUCAGUGCCAGAGAGAAGUUAUCCCUGUAAAGUCUAAACUGACCAACCAUUUUAUAGAUGUGCAGUGACGUCGGUGCAGUGAUCCCUAAAGAAGUCCGUAUACUACAGUCAUAACAUGCUGUAAACAGAAUACACCCAGAGCACGACCCGAAUCUUGUUGUGUCCUCGGUGUAUCAGAGCGUGAGAGUCCGCUCGCAUCUUAACCUCUCUUCCAAACCUCUCCGCAGUACGAUGCUAUCCGAGUGAACCAGCUCUACGAACAGGCCAAGUGGGCCAUCCUGCUGGAGGAAAUUGAGUGCACAGAAGAGGAAAUGAUGAUGUUUGCUGCCCUGCAGGUACAGAGACAGUGUGUUUGUGCGUACGAGUGUGUGUUUUUAUGCGUCUGGUCUCAAUUUCUCCCGGUUCAGCAUUGUUUUGCCGGGUUACAGUUGGAAGAUCUGCAGUCCUCUUUUUUCGUUGGGCAGUGGGUUCAUUGCCUUCGAGACUGCAGGCUAAUGAAUUGGAUGGGCUUCCAGCCAUAUGUCUGCCAGUUCUGCUGCAGCAUGCAUACUAAAACCUAGCUGUUCUACACUGAUGCAACUAAAGUUAAUGGGGGCAUUAUCACUCAUAUAUUCCCUCCAGGCAUCUCAAUAGGCUUCAAUCUCUUUUAGUUCUCGGUAUUUUGACUCGUCGUCAAUAAAAAAAAAAUCCUCUUACAAAUAUGAAUCUUAAUUAGCCUGAGAGUAUUGAUUAAAAUGCACUUAAGUCUGUCCCACGAAAUGGGGCAAAUGUCACUUUGGUUGCCUAGAAACGAUGAAAAUGAGCCCCAACUAAAAGUAGGGUCAAGACUUGAAUUGAAUCUCAUCUUGUGGGUCUGUUGAAACAAAGAUAUUCAUGAUCAUGAUUGAUACCAGAUUAGGCUGUAAUUCUUAUUUUGAAUAAUAUUACAAGUUAAGUGGAAGAUCAAGAGGUCAAGAGGAGGUGAUAUACAGAUGUAAACCCCUUUAGUCUCCUCAGGUCGCCCCCAGUGGUCUGAAAGUGCUGCCCCUGCUAUUUCUGACCCUCAUAAACCGAGGGUGCCAAGACCUGAGGACGCCACCCUGUCCUCACUCCAGGAGUAAUUAUAGAGCUUCUUAGGCCAGAGGGCUCGGUACCUCUGCUCGGACCACCCAACCCCAAAAAGACACUGUCAUCGUCAUCAUCAUCAUCAUGGUGGACCUGCUCACAUUCCUCUCUUACACUCUGAGGUGUUUGGUGCGUCCCAUCAGACCGGUUAUAAUUACUCUUAACUGGUUUCUCGUUACUCUUCCCGAGAGACAUGCUAAUCCAAGUUGGGUGUUUAGACCGGGCGCUAUUCUGUCACUACCUGUCUGUUGGCACUUUGGCAGCUACUACUACGUGUCAGCCGUGUAGUAUGAGCUCAGGGCAGAUACAGUAAAUCUAAAUAGAGAGCAAUGAUCGUACACAUCCAGCAUGUCUGGUUUCAGCAUGAUACCACCUGGAUGUCAGUGACUGAGCUAUAGUAUCUGCAACACAGAGGACAAGUUGUACUUUCUACCACAGCAGAUAAACACUGUGCUCUUGGACACGACACACAAACAGGAAGCACCCCCCCCCUCCAAGUUGCAGUUUUUAAAACAGACUCGUGGAGUUGAAGAGGAGGAGGAGGAGGAGGAGGAAUGGAGUGUCAUUUUAAGCCCUUUGUCCUACUUUCUGUAACCUCAGCUGGCUCAAACCUCCCAUAUCUCUUUCAAACUCUUGCCUCUGUACCUCUCACUCUCUCGACAGCUGUUCAUUCAUAUAUUGGUGGUGGUGGGGGGGGUUGAGGAUGGGUUGACAUUACAAAUACCAUUUGUCAACAAGUUGUAUUUAGUGUCUGUGCCUCACACCACAAGGGAAACACUGUCAGUUUUUCAGCGACGGCCCCAUCCUGGUUAAUGGUUGUUUCCAGCGUAAAAACAACACACACUCUCUCAUUGGUCCUGUCUCGCACAUGUUUCUUGUAAAACAUAUUUUCAUUGCCUGUAUGGUUCAAAGUGUACCGGGGAACAUGUGCAAACCGCACCACUUAUUGUUCUCGGUGAAUCAUCACCGCCGAGAGAUGGUUUCCUCAUCUCUCGUCUCCCGCAAAGAUAAAAGUCCUUGUUUUCCUCACGGCUAAUCGCAAACAUGCACACUAGCAGCACCUGUGUGUAGAAAUACCAACACAUCUGAAAACAUUUACAUGCUAAUUAUCACAGACGGAUUUAGGUUUACAGGCAAAAGUGGGAGCAGUGUGGCACCAGUAGCAAACAUGGCAGGAAGACUUGACAGAAAAACUGUUGAUGAAGGUGUUUGAACAGGAAACCAACUCCCUCUUCUGCUGCUGAAGUCUGUCCUAUGGAUCUGCUGUUUUAGUCAAAGAAGGCUUUAACAAAUCUACGGAGUAGAAAUAAUCUUUGAGGAUUAAACAGUACAGGGAGAGUCAAGUCUCAUCCUUAGAAUCAUAAACACUGCUCCAAAACAGCUCCUGGAUACUUUUUAUUGACAUGAUUUGUAUAUAUAUAUAUAUUUGUAUUUGUAUAUGUAUUGUUAUUACUGUUAUUAUCAUCACAACGUAGUUAUAUGACAUGGUAAGAAGGGGGCCGGACAAGAUAAGCAUUUGCUUCUUCCUGUCCCUUCUUGAACAAUUAUGGUUGUGUUUUAUUAUUGUUGCUGAUGUAUUGGUGUUUUUUUUUUUUUUGUUCAAGACAAAUAAAAUAGGAAAAAAAAAAAAAAAAUAAAAAAUAGAUACAUCCACGUACCAUAUCCCGCAGUGUCCCCAUGUGGAAAUCUGUCUUGGUCUCAUGUGCUGCAUAAUAACGCCAAUGAAUAAAACAAAUUGGAGCCUAACUGGGUGUUUGUCUCUGUUUCCCCCCCAGUACCACAUCAACAAGCUGUCAAUCAUGUCUUCGGACAACCAUAUGAACAACAGUGAGAAGGAGGUGGAUGAGGUGGAUGCGGCCCUGUCAGACCUGGAGAUCACUCUGGAGGGGGGGAAGACGUCUAACACACUGGUACGAUCACACAGCAACAGUGUUACAUCCACCAUGGGAUGUUCAUCUAAGUUAUAGUCAUGAUUUCACACAUAUGAGAGGCUCUCGAGAGAGAAAGUGUGAGAUAUCCAACAAAUACAAUAAGCCCUACAUGUUGCAUAGUUGUUAUCCAUCUUUACAGCACAGCAGCCCCAGUAUAUGAACUUGUGAAGUUUAUUCAGCUUAUCAGGGGAAACAGGAUUACAUAAGAAGUGUUGUUUUUAGCACGCUCUAUUGAAUAAUGAUACUGAAAGUGUACAAAGUUGAACCUGAGGUCAUUGUCCUGUUAUUACUUUCAAUAAAAAUCCUCCAGGUUUAGACUAACAGUGAGUUUUUUUUCCCUCCCUUUUCCCGCAGGGUGACAUCACAUCUAUUCCAGAGCUAGCGGACUACGUCAAAGUCUUCAAGUAAGGCCACAUGCACAUGUCGAACCGCUGUCUCUGAGUGUGUGCAGAACUCUGCGUUUGCAUCGGUGUGACAGGCUAAAAUCUCAGUGAGAAUGUCUUUGGAGUGAUUGCAGUUGGAUGAAACAUAUUUUGAUUUUUUUUUCGCUUUUGGCUUCAUGCCUUUGCUGACAGGUAGGCGGCCCCCCUGGAGUGAUUGUCUCAUAAAAUGUUCAAACCAGAGGAAUGAUUUCCCGUUAAUGUCCACCUCCAGUGCUGGCCUCUUUCCUCCCCACCCUGCUCACUUUGCACUGGAGAAACUUGUCCCCUCUCCCCCUCCGCUCCUCCUCUUAACCACGAAUACAGAAUAUGUUUUUUUUUCUUUCUCCUUAUACGCUCUGACAUCUCUCUCCGUCUCUUUUUCUGCGUUUUAUAUUUUCCAGACCCAAGAAAUUGACACUGAAGGGCUAUAAGCAGUACUGGUGUACAUUCAAGGACAUCACAAUUUCAUGUUACAAGAGUAAAGAGGAAUCACACGGGACGCCCGCUCACCAAAUGAAUCUCAGAGGUGAAAACUCCUCAUUUUAUGCCAUUGCAAAAAUGAAACUGUAAGUAGGCAGAUGACAGAAUAGAUGUGACCUUUGGCCUCCUAUGUGUAGGUUGUGAGGUAACUCCAGAUGUCAACAUCUCGGGUCAGAAAUUCAACAUCAAGCUGCUAAUCCCCGUGGCUGAUGGCAUGAAUGAGAUCUGGCUCCGGUGUGACACGGUAAGACAGGACAGACUACAUCAUUCACAGUGGCGUCUCGUCUCCCGAGGCCGAUUUGACCCAUCAGCUUCUCGCUUCCGCAGGAGAAACAGUACGCCCACUGGAUGGCCGCCUGUCGCUUGGCCUCCAAAGGGAAGACCAUGGCCGACAGCUCUUACAACCUGGAGGUGCAGAACAUCCUGUCCUUCCUCAAGAUGCAACACAUGAACCCUGACCCGCAGUUCAUCGAGCCGAUCACCACCGACAUCAACCCGGAGUGCCUGGUGUCCCCACGAUACCUGAAGAAGUACAAGAACAAGCAGGUAAGUCCCGCAGAAGAGGCAGGAUGAAGACCCUCUGCUCUGAUGUGUGUUAAAUAAUUCUCUCUUUACUUGUUUGAUAAAUCUAACGUGGACUUAAACAGAGCAACAGUUGAUGCGUCCCAGAUGGGCGCCUCCUGGCAUCAGCCUUCUCUCGCACUGGAAUGUAGCCUCCCUCUACUCCCCCUUCAUUCUCCACUCCCCUCCUCUUCUGAGUGUUUCUUCUCCCACCCCCUUUCUCUGUCCGAGGGGAAACCAGGACAGCAGACUUCCAUAGUCCUCCACAUGUGUACAGUAGAGCCGCUCUUGACGGACUGUACUGAGCACUUUCUCUCUUUGUGGCUUCUGUGCUUGCAGACAAAAAAAAGGGACGAGAUUUCAUUUGAUGGAUGAACAAUUAUGGAGUAUUUAUUGUUUCAAACAGUUUAAACUUUAGAGGAAUUAACAAGUGUUGGUAAAAGUCGUCUUCUGUGUGCACAGCAGAUUUGCAUGUAAGCAAGAGGCGUGUGUUUGCAGAGUGGAACAGCUGAGCACACGGCUGCCACGGCUGUGUUAGUCCGGGAUGUGUGAUUGGGUGGCAGAGUUUUAAGGGGGGGUUGCUUCUCCAUCGCUUACUCACACAAUCUGGUUUUAUUUAAGUUUCAAUAGAAAAAUCAAAUGUUGCCAGCGGGUUAACAGGAUGUUAGGAGGGUGUCGGUAUAGUACAGUAAGUGAUGAUUCAGAAGAGGUCUGAGCCAAAGCCUGGAAUACACCGAGUGUCUAGGAGAGGAGGUAGAGAGUUCCCCCACUAGGCUGUGAUUCCUGGUUAUGUUUUAAAGUGUCGGGGAUGUACGUGAUGACGCGUACACACAACUGCAAAAUAAUAGUUUCAGUUCACACUUCCUUUAAAUGUCCCAGAUUCUCAAUAACAAGAGUAACAAAGAAAUCCCUCAUGUACAAUCUGGGAAGUUCUCUUCAGCUUCUUUCUCAGAGUAUCAGGAUUUCUCUUGACGGUGCUUCUAUUUCAAGAAAGUUGAAACAUCCCUAAUGCAAAAAUAAAAUUCUACUUCAGCUCACAGUUUUCAUCAGAACUUCCUCUGAGCUGCAGAAACUGUAAUCUGAUCACUGCUGUUAUAUAGACAGAAGUUUCCAGAUUGUCUCACAGAGAGCAGCAUCCCCAGGCACAAUCAUGAAAGAGCGGUAGCCUCUGUACAGUAUGUGUACGCGCACUUACACACGAGUACUCCCAUAGUGGGCGCGGGGGGGCUCGAGGAAAUGAGCCGUGCCUGGAAAUGCUGCGCGGGAAAAAGUGUCUGGGAAAAGCCCGUUUGCUCUCAGUCAGCUCUCGACCCCUCCCCACCUCCCUCAAACUGGACUUCCUGUUGCGAGGCCGGCCCGAGGAGACUUCCGUGCUGGAGUUCCCAGCGGACACACACACACAAGGAUUCUUAGAUAAUUGAGAGUGGGUCGGUCUGUGGGCAAAUCUAUACAUGAACAUAUGAGAAAACAAACAUGAAGGGCACUGUACUGACCCCCUGGAGAUUGACUGACAUGGUGCUUUCAAAAAGGUGUAUUUGGGAACACACUGCCCUCUUGUGGAUGAAAGGUUGAUACAGAAUUUUAAGAUAUGUUAGAAUUGAAAACCCUUUAUAACCAGACCCAGAUUACCUAAACCUUAAUUCCUAUGCCUGCUUCCUUAAUGUGAAACCACAUAAAUGUGAUUUAACUUUCCUCCUUUCUCUAAAUAAGAUGGCAUCUGGCUGCUGCUGCUGCUGCUGCUGCUGCACUCUCACUCCCUCUUGUGGCCAGAAAUCUGCAUGACUAAGACCCAGCAGCCCCUCUCUCCACUUGAAUCCCUCUUAUUUGAUCAAAUCUCUCCUCCCUUGACAUUGAUCUUACCUGCUUGUUCUCUUUGUCCAAUCUUUCUUUCUCUUCUUGUAUGCACCACCUUCAUUCCUCUGUGUCCUUGUCCCAUACCCUCCUCCCACCUUCAGCCAAGCUUUAUCAGGGACUUGGUAAGUCCAGUUAUGUAUGUGUUCACUGGGUGCCUCUUAAACCUUAGAUACCUGCAUGACUACCUUAACUCUAAACACCUCUUUUUUUUUAUUUUAUUUGUGUUCCCCACCUUAACCAACAGUAGUCCAACAGUAAACAUGUCAUAGUAGAAAAGGUAGAAUCCCUGUGAGUUUUAAUGUCCGUCAGAAAUGACCAGCAAAUCACACAGCUCAUCAUUACAUCAUCUUUUUACUUUUCUUUACUGGUAAGAAAUUAGUCCAUGAGAUGUGCUGUAAAACAAGUGAGUUUUCCAUGUUUUAGUCCAUUUAACACUAGUCCCAUUUAUAAGGAGUUGUUUAUGUAUAGUGAACGGGUUACUAUGUAGAUUAGACUCCACAGGGUGAGCAGCACCUCCACGCAUAAGAUUUUAAUUUUCAUAUGCAUCUGCUUAUUACUAACUCAAAGUAUAAACAAAUCUAUUCAAAAUAUGGACAAUAAGUUGCUUAAAUUAUAUUUUACAUUUGGUGACGCUCACACAGAUUCUUAAAGGUGGGGUAGGCAGGAUCUGAGGAAGUGCCAGUUUUGGGGAGGAAUCUUGAAUGUAAACUCGACCCCUCCCAACCAGUUUUCCCCUCAGCUCCUCCCCUCCAGCAAGCCCCGCCCUCAAACAGACGCUCCUGCUCACUCGUAUUGUUUCAAUUAAAUUCAGAUAUAAUGCAGAUAAAUACUUCAGAUAAUUACAAAUGGGGCCCAGUCAACGUGAAAGUACAAAGCAGUACUGACUGAUAUUAAAAGCUUUUUUGUAUAGACACCACAAAAAAAGAUGCUUCUUUGAUGGAAUCCUACCUACCCCACCUUUAACCUCGAGAGUGCAAGGUGAAAGAGACGAGCAUGACAAAGACAAACAGAUGAAACAAGUGAAAUGUGUACAGUGAUAAAAAAGCUUCUUGUGGCUCAUUAACUGUAGCCUGUGUGUCCUCUGAGGCCUUGAAGGAUCAUUUUAUUGAUUCCUGUUUUAUUAAGUUAAAAACUUAAACUGUGACAGCUUAGCUGCCACUGCAAGAGCUGAUGGCAAAGUUAGUCUCAGUUUACAUACACAUGGAGGGGAUGUGUGGUUUUGGGUGUAUUGGUUGGUUCCAGUGGGCUCAUGGCAUGAUUUAUUUAUAGCAUAUUUAUCAUGUGUUGUUAUGCUUUUGUCAGAUUUCUGCCAGAAUCCUUGAAGCCCACCAGAAUGUGGCCCAGAUGAGUCUCAUCGAGGCCAAGAUGCGCUUCAUCCAGGCGUGGCAGUCCCUGCCUGAGUUUGGCAUCACUCAUUUCCUCGCCAAGUAGGUUAAAACACUGUUUUUUGCAAAUCGGUGAAAAAUUGCACGGUGCAAAGCCACAUGAGUAACUUUUUCAGUUGUUUUCAUCCUCAUGUUUGAUCAACACGUAUUUACAGUGAAUGACGUCCUUUUCUGUUCAGGUUCCAGGGUGUAAAGCGGGAAGAGCUGAUCGGUAUCACCUACAACCGUUUGAUCCGGAUGGACGCUAGCACUGGUGACGCGAUCAAGACCUGGCGCUUCAGCAACAUGAAACAGUGGAACGUAAACUGGGAGAUCAAGAUGGUAAGGGACCCUAGAUAGAUAUAGAAUCAGCUGAGACAAAUAGUUCAGGAACAUGACCUAUUUCUCAUAUAAACGUGUAGACAGAUCUCACACUGUACAAGUUUGGAGUCGUGAAGAAACUUAAUUGAAUACAAAUAAAACAAAAAACUGAAAAAAUUAGACAAGUAAAUUCAGCCACUGCGAACAGACAGCUUGUUUGCAGAGAAUGACAGACAUGCUUUGCUUUGUGUGCUCAGGUGACCGUGGAGUUCGCAGACGAACCCAGUCUGUCUUUCGUCUGUGCCGAGGUGGACUGUAAGGUGGUCCACGAGUUCAUCGGUGGAUACAUCUUCCUGUCCACACGCGCCAAGGACCAGAACGAGUCUCUGGACGAGGAGAUGUUCUAUAAGCUGACCAGCGGCUGGGUCUGAGCUGCCCAAAGCUCCACAUGGGGGUUAACGCUUAUCGGCCAAUGCCCAGGAGUAGCAUCCGUGUGGGAGGGGUUUCUAGGGUUUAUUUUAUUCUAUUAUCUCUCAGUGUUUUAAUUGUUUGGAGCUGUGAGCCCAGAACAGCACUACUAUUGCCAUGGCUGACACAGUUUUAACUAUCGUCAUUUUUUUUUUGUUUUUUUCUUGCAUUAAUGCUGACAAAUCUUGCGUUACAAACACUAAAAUUGUGGCGACAAAAGUCCAGAUGAGGUUUUGAAACUUUAACUCCUGGGGCUGAACAGAAGCCUUCUGAAAAUUAACCCGAACGGGGGAAAGUUUUUCCGUUUUCCUACAACCACCUGCCUCCUCUCAUCCUGGACUGACAGCCAUCAACGUAGCGUCCCUGGCAGCCCUUUAAAACCAAUCAAACACAUUUAAUCCCAAAGAGUCUUCUUUCUUCCCUCUUUUUCUUUCCUUCUUUUUUUCCUUUCUUCUAAAUGUAAAACUAAGACUUUUAUCUUCUUAUUUAUCCUAAAGCAGAUUUCAUAGAAGAGUCUAAUCAUAAGGGUGUGUGUCGGCUGAUCACAGCUCUACAUGUCCAUCUAUCCGCUCCAUGAAGGGUUAACUGUCUUUGAAGUCACAUGUAAGCACUUCGACACUAUAUAGUCCUCUUUUUGAAUAAGCUGUUGUUUUUAUUUUCUUCCGCUUUUUGAUGUCUGUCGUCUGCGUUUUCAGAGUUCUCCUCAUUGAAUUUUUAUUGGCUGAGAGCCUGAGUUACGCUGAUAGUAAGCAUUUCUGAAAAAGAGAGAGUCGUGUGGGUCUCAGCAGCGUAAACACAGAACCAUCUGUUGUGAAAACUCAAACGCUUUAAGAUGGUCCAUUUAACUUAAAGUAGAAGAAGAGGUUUUUCGGAUCUUCUGACCUCAAAGUAGACAUUCAGAAGUGCAAGAGUAUGUCGGUUUCCUCUCUAACAUGUCUGUUAACGGCUGCUGAGUGUCUCAUUCGACCUUGACAGCAUGUUUGAAACUCCAUCCAGAGAUUUGAAACCCGUCUACAUCUCAUCGCAUGCACACAAAACAACAGGAGGGAUCGUUACUCCCCUUUUUCUGCCUCUCCCUUUACUUCCAUUCUGUUUCUCACACCAUAUAGUAUUAUAAUUAUUAUCACUUUUAUCAUUACACACCAGCAAAAAAAGGUCACCAAGUCUGAAGAAUGAAUAUGCAAUGUGUUUUUUUUUCUGUCCUCAGUAUGAAGGAUCAGUAAAUGAAGUAUUAUUUUUUGUAACUAAUGUAAAAACACAAACGUUUUAUAGAAUUGUACAGUUUUUGUCUCUGCUUUCGGGGGGGUCGGACGUUUUUCCUUUCAUAUAAAGAGGGGGGAAGCCAUCUGUCAACAUGUGUAGUAUUCAAAUUUGUGCUUGCUUAUGUUGUGGUCUUACUGAGUUUUCAGAUGAAGAUAUAUAUGAAUAUAUAUGAAGAUAACACUAGUCUCAAACUCCAGGUUUGACAUAGAUUAAGAUAUUUGUGGAGAACAUCUAUUUUUUUUAAGUACAGACAUGCUUUUUUUUCAAUGUGCUGGUUUUUCUGCUACAUUUGAUGAAUUCUCUUCUUCUUCUGCUCUACAGCUCGAGGAUUACAAAUGUCCACUUGUGCCUCUGCUUUGUGCUUUUAACUCCUUCUUUAGACUGACAGAGAUACUCAGUGGGCUACCUGAGGAAAUUUGAUUUUCUCUGUGCCCAUCAAAAUAUUUCACUUAACCGUCUGGCUUUUGCCAUAACUGAAGUGUGCCAUUUGAUACUGUUCAUGUAAAGGGGGGGCCACAACUUUUAGACCCUGGAGUUUGAGACGCAGACCGCAGAAGUGAACUGAGAUAAGAAAAAACAAGCCUAGUCUGUUUUUUUUUUUUUUUAAUUUCUCUGAUGUUUUUGUUUGCCUCCAGUGUCAGGAGUAGCAGUGCAUGUCCUGCUGCUCUGUUUUCUGACUGUAAAAAAUGCAUUUAUUUUAAAAAUAAAGUAAUUUUUAUUUAAAAAAAUAAAA